AUGACAACAUUACCUCUUCAGGAUGGAGAUGAAGUUUUAAUUCGUAGUUUUGAUAACGCACUUAUUCAGGCGAUGAAAGAAGGUGGCAUUAAAAAAGUAGAUAAGAUUAAUGACAAAUGCAAAUUUCAAUUAUGUAAAAAAGGUAAAGCGAAAUGGGCAAUUCUAAAUUUCAAAGGUAACUACCUUUCAAUAUCACAAGAUGGUGAUCCUUUGUUCACUUCAAAAAUACCACUUUCCACAGAAACUUUCUCUUUUGAUGGAUUAUCUCCUCAAGCGGUUACUAUUCAAUAUGAAAAUCCAUCUGCUAGCAAAAGUGAUUUUUAUUACUUAAGCUUAACAAACGAUUUCAAAUUCGUACUCACGAAAAAUCAAAAUGAGCAAUCAGCAAUCUUUAAAUUUGAAGUCUUAUAA